GGGCUUCAGAGAUGACGACUGGCUGCAUGAGGUCAACCCUGGAGCCUGAACAUCAACUGAUGACACAGGAGAGCAAACGCUACAAGGACGCGCUGGAGAGCCCGCUCAACAGGAAGUCACAGAUGAAGGAUGAUGAAGCGGAGGAGGAGCCUCCCUUUGCAGAGAAUCAGGAGGCGGACCAGGAGAAGAAACCUCGCAGAAAAGACACACCUGUCCUCAACUCUCCUCCACAUAUACCAGGAGUGAGACUGCUGAGAGCCAAGAAGCAGAUGGUCCACUUAGAGGAUGAGGAGAAAGAUGUGAAGGAUUAA